AUGGAUAUUAGGUACGAAGAGCCUCUCUACGUAGACGAACUUUCAUUGCAAACCGUCCGUGUUCUUGGCCAAGGAGCGUUCGGUUCCGUGUCUCUCAAGGUUCACCCCGGCCAUGGACGUUACGCGAAGAAAACAUCUUCAAUAAGACUCAAAGAGAAUCUCAAAAAAGAGCUCAGGAUCAUGCUUGACUUCCGCAACCAUCCUCGCAUCGUUCAAGCCUCUAGUGAACAUCUUCACUUAGAUAUGUUCCUCAAAGAUUGCUCCAUCUAUAUGGAGUAUGCAUCCGAAGGUAGUCUAGACGAAGUUAUAUCAUCUUUCCGUGGGAAACCAUUGCCUGAGCACGUGAUUGGACGCACCACUCGUAUGCUCCUACAAGGACUCGAAGCGCUUCACGUACACGGCUACGUUCACUGCGACCUCAAGCCGGAUAACAUACUCCUCUUCCCUUCAACCUCUUUCGGAGAGCCGUGGGAUGCUAAGCUCGCUGACUUUGGUUUAUCAAAGGAGCCUAACACGUAUCAUGUGUUGAAGCUUGCUGGUACGAAUAUGUACAUGCCUCCGGAGGUUUCCGAGGUUCCGGAGGGAUUGGUCGGACAGGCUCUUGAUAUAUGGUCGCUAGGGUGUGUGGUGUUUGAGAUGUUUGGAGGUAAGGCAGAAGAGAUGGAGACGGGAGGCACUUACGUGUGGAAGCUAGAGCAAAAGAUCUCUCCAGUGGCUAUAGACUUCUUGAGGCAGUGCCAUACUUGGCAUCCUUGGAAUAGGGCUUCAGCAACUGAGCUCUUGAACCAUCCUUUUAUUAUGCAAAGAGUAGUCCCUUUUCGAGUUUUACAGCCAAUCCCAUGUCCUCCUGAAAGGAAACAGUACUUGGAACGUCCUUUGUUUACACCAAGAGUCCGUGGUCCAUUGCCAACUCCGAUUGGUCCUAGAAAAAAACAAGAAGCUGAAGGUUCGGUAGUGAAAGAUCAAUCAACCGUGGAGAAGAACGAUGUUGAUAGUGAGGAAUGGUUUAUGUAUGAGUUAUGUAAUGGUUGUUAA